GACUGUUUGUUGUUUUUAAAGUACCAUGGUUUUGCUGAAGCUAGAUUUUAUACAAAUACAAAAAAUAUGUAAAUAUUGAGCAGUUAUAUGGUGAAUACUUACCUUUGUUGAAUUCUGAAGGGUUUGCAGAGUCAGAGUCUAAUUAAUUCAGUCACCAUUAUUUUAUUUUUCACUGAUUCAUGUUAUUUUUUAAACGAGGAAUUAUAACCUGAGCUAUGCCAAAAACUCAACUACAAAUUCAGGCUAUCAAUUGAGAGGCACUGAUGAGAGCUUUAAUAAUCCUUAAUGAUGACCACAAUUAUUCUGAUGCUUAUACUUUUUACAGAGUGCUUUGGCUGCUUGGCCAAUGAGACGAAUGAAUUAUCAGUCAGACAGACACCAUCAGAAAUAAGGGUAUCCACUGGAAUGCCAGCCGAAAUUAACUGUUCCUGGAAAAACAAUGACUCUGUCAAGAGAUUUAGAGUAACCUGGAAAAUACAAAAUCUCACUUGUAAAGAAGGCACCAGCAAAGACCUAUUUUCAAAACUUUACUACACAGUCAACUACACACAUAAGGAUCAAACGGUGCUAAGGAUAGACGUUGUGAAAGGAAACGAUACUGGAAUUUACUUCUGUGAGAUAACUAUUGAAAUACCCUUCAUGAAAAAAGGGAUGGGAAAUGGAACAACUCUAAUUGUUGAAGAGAAAGGUUUGUUUGCAGAAGCCGGAUCAACGGAAAAGUAUAAUUUUAUGGCAAUUCUAGCCAUCUUUCCUUGCCUAGCAUCAGUGGCCUGUUUUUAUUUCUGUUACAAAAAGCAGCAGAACUCAGAAAACUCUGUGUCAGAGAGAAGGACCCAUGAGGAACAGACACUUCAGGUGAUGGAACUGGAUGAAGGAAAUGAGAUAAAUGAAGCAGAUGAGAGAAAUUCUUCCUCAAACUCAUCAGAAUGGGUUACUUCCACACUUUACGAGUCCCUUGAUUAUUUUGCAAUGAAGCAAAAUGAAGAUAAAGAGGAGGACAACAAACAUUCUGUUGCUUUUUCAUCCAAUGCAGCAGAUUAGUAAAUCUCAUGACUUACAGCAUCUGGGAAAUCCAGAAGAUGUGAGGAAGACAACAAGGACCCUACACCCAUUUUGACAGUCCAGGGCUGAAAGUUCUUAUCAUUAAUGCGAUAUAGAUAAAACUAGCAAGGCCACAGAGUAUCAUAGCAUAAUUUGCUUCUUGAUCUUGCAGUAUACAACUCAAACCCAGUGAAGUCUCUUUGCUGUCCCUGGCACACCACUGUGACAGCAAAGCUGGUAUGGUACCAGUAGUAAAGUUGGUUCAAUAUAAUGGGGGAAGAGUAUUUGUGUUAUUGACUCAUGCCAAAUUCCAGGAAUCUUUUGUUGGUGGUGUUUUAAAAGUUUGAUAUCUCCCUGUUUUGCUAUUUACCUGGGAGUUUUUUGUGAUGUAGCGGCUUUUCUCUCCCCCACUUUCCACAUCCUAGUGUGCAGGAGCAUGAUACACAAUCAUACUAUGAGGAUUUGCCAAACUAAAUCUCAUUGAACUAUUAAACAUGCUGCUUCAGGCAAUGGAGAGUACAUGAUGGUUUACAGCAGCGGUUCUCAAACUUUUUGAGCUCCGGAGACCUUUACAUGAAUAAAAAUGUAUGUGGAGCCCCAGCGAUCCACUGAUUGUCUGUGUUGUACCUAUUGAUGUUUCUAGUUUGUCAGCCUCAUGGAGCCCCUGGAGAUGUCUCCUCCGUAGACCACAGUUUGAGAAACACUGGUUUACAGGAAGGUGGAGAAAAACCGCACACUGAUAAUCACCAAGACAGUUGGGCAAUACUUUGAAUAGGAUGAAAUCCUUCCUGGCCUCUGUGGUGAUCACCAGAUGCACUGAAAAAUUAGAUUUCAUUACCCUAUCUUAGCAUAGGUGCGAAAUAAAUUACAGUUUGAAUAUUAUACUUAAUAAAAGCUAAUUAUAACCCACUUUGGAGGGAUAAGAUUUUGGAUGCUGAAGGCUGAUCUUAUACUGUUUUUUUUCCCUCUCUGACAACCUCAAAAAUAAUCACAAAAAUUGUUCAAAAACUAAAGACAAGAUUAAAAAUGGACUUUCUAUAAGCCUAGUAGAAGACAAACAUUAACAGCAAACAAAUGCAGCAUCUUAAUAUUUUAGGCUUAUUGAAAACAGAGUAAGUGGCCAAAACAUCAGUGUGUUUGUGUAGCAAAUCUUUUGUCUGCUGCUAAGGCUCAUUCUGUGGAUUGUUUUCUCAAAAGCAGGCACAGGUAAGCAAAUGUUAUCAUUAUGUAAGAGGGUACUGAUCUAGCGGCACCCUGAGGGUGCCAACAAACACAGACUGGCUUUUUCAAACUGCUCAGCAACAGCUGAGACACUUUAAAUGUUAUUCUGCACCUUUUCAAUGAAAAGGGAAUGGUUUCCAAGUAUUUUCUUUGUGUUGAUGUUUGUGGUAAAGAGAGAGAGAGAAAGUCAUUUGGUAACAGUGCAUCGCUCAAUCACUAAACCUAA